AUUGUCGAGUUGGCAUUAUGGGAUACAGCAGGACAAGAAGAUUAUGAUCGAUUACGACCACUGUCUUAUCCAGAAACAGACGUUGUUCUUAUUUGCUUUGCUAUCAAUCUUCGUACAUCAUUCACGAAUGUCCAGGAUAGAUGGCUUCCAGAAGUCACUCAUUUCUGUGAAAAUGUACCCAAAUUAUUAGUAGGCACAAAACUUGAUUUCAGACAAAACCAAGAAGAAAUUCGAAGAUUGAGUCUAGCGGGUCAACGUCUGAUCACAGUGGAAGAAGGCGAACAAUUAGCCAAGGAAAUCGGAGCUAGAUAUUAUGAAUGUAGUGCUAUGCAAAAAAUCAAUGUGGAUGAAGUCAUUGAAGCUGCAACAAGAGCUGCCGUAGCUGGUAAUAUGAAGCGUCUUCAUAAAAGGCUUUGUAAAAUUCUUUAA